AGCUUCGAUAAAAAAAAUAAAAAUGUGACGCUUCCUUGCAGUAGUUUUAUGCGAAUAAAAUAAGUUUGGCAUGGUUUAUUGUUAAAUUUAGAGUGCUAGAAACUAAGUUGAUAAGUACUACUCAUAUUAUCAGUGCAUUUAAUGUCAGGGAUAGCAAAAAAAAAUUGAGAGAUGUCCAAGUCUGGCGAAAAUGACAUACCACCCAACUCAAUAUCCGAGUAUUUGAGCCUUGACUUUGAGAAUUCGCAAAUGGAGGAAGAAAACGGAUCUACCGAUAUGGUUGAGUUAACGGAAUCAACAAAGAUUACGACCAACUUGACCAACGACUUUUCAACAUCCAAGGAAGAAGCUAAUAAAAGUAUUUUGGUUUCAGAUGAUUCCUCCUCCCGUGUCUUAUCUAAAAGUCCAACCAAUGCAAGCAUUCCAAACGAGGUCUCGGAUCCAUCAUCUCACUCCAAUUUUGUAUACAAACCGUUUGAUUACACCCUCCAUGGCCUAACGGAUUUCGAAUCCACCAUUUGUUCCCCGAGGGAGGACUUCUCAGAAUUAACAGACUGUACUUCCUACCUAAGGAACCAAAAUGACAAUUUCAAAAUUGUUACAAGCAGCUCAAAAUGUUUAGUUAAUACCGACUCACUUCUCAAUGAAGAAUCGAUCAAAAGUCCCGUCAGUUCCCAAUUGAAAAAUAGAGUUACCACCCUAGGUGAAGAAGGCGAUCUUAAUGACAUCUUUUGUUCCACAAUGAGAAAUCCAGAGGAAAUGAUUUCCUUGUUUCCAGCAGAUGAGUCUGGAAUAAGCAUUAAAGAUGCCAUAGGUUCUCCAGAUGGAAAUAAUUACCAAAGAAUAAUUGAAAAACCUAAAGACAACCCUGAAGAAUCUAAGCAAAUCGCUGAUAAGAGAAAAUAUAACGAUACUUUGUUGGAGUAUUUACUGGAAGUAACUGAGUUUUCCGAAAAUAUUCCUUCAGAAACUCAGAGAAGUAUGUUUCAACAUAAAGCUAAUGCCUCACAUUUAAAAGAUAUUAAAGUAUCGGGAAAUCUUGAAAAUAAUUCUGAUGAAUUUGGAAAAACUGUUGAUGAGGAAAAAGACAAUAAUGUAUUGAUAAAAAACAAUAGUUUGGAGUUUGGUGAAUUAUCCGAUAAUACCACUUUAGAAAUGCAGCAAGAACAUUUUCGAUCUGUCGAAGAGGCCUUAGAAGUGAAAGGUGCCACUGAUGGCAAAGAUAAUUUAAUCUGUCAACUUAAAAUCAUGCAAAGUCCAAAAAGCAAUGCUUUAGACAUUAGGGAUACCGUUGGCGGAGGAACCAUUAAUGAUACAUAUGAAUCGGGUGAGUUAUCUAAAGAUACCACUUCGGAGAUGCACCAAGAACAGCCUACUCACAGGACAUCAGAUGUGGAAGAUGGCGAAGUAUCCGACGAAGAAAAUGAUGCCCCAAAUGAUUUACCCACCGAAACGAUAGCUGGUCAGGCUGAAAACGAAUUGAGCAAGCUAAUAAAGUCGGAACAUGAUCGUUUUGGAUCUGCUGAUAUUGAAGAUGGCGAGGUAUCCGGCGAAGAUGAUGAUAAUGAACCAAUUAAAGAGCCCAAAGAAGCAGAUAACGUUAUGCCAAUCUGUCGAUUUCACAUGCGCAACGCGUGCUAUUGGGGCAGCAAGUGUCGGUUUCGUCAUCCGAAGUUGGGCAACAAGGGCAACUAUGAGAUGUUUGAAAAAAAGGUGCUGCCAGGAACCGCACCGAUUCCACCAGGAUGGCAAGCUUUUACCGCACCAAGUAUUGAUACCUUCCAAACGACACAAGCCGCGAAAAUAACAUGGCGGCUUGGAAGCGCGGCAAAAACGAGAUUCAACGACAUGGACAGCGACCCCUACUACUCGCAAAACGGACAUGAGCGUGUUCCCCUUCUGCCGACCCCCACAUUCGAUGAACUAUUGAUGGCGCAAAAGAAGUAUCAAAACCAGACAAUCUGCCAGCCGCCGAUACCCCCAAAACCCAAACCGAUUAAGUGGGAGAGUCGCCUAAGCAGCAGCUCACCUUCUCCUAGUCCUAACGUCUCACCAAGUCGAUUGUCCAAAAAUAUACGAUCAAUUUCGCGGCCAACAUCAACGUCCUCCAGACCCUCGAUCAAACGUCCUCGUUCGCCAAGUCCUCCAAGGACCUUUGUCAACAAAAGUCGAGGACCUCGAACUCCAUCAUGCAGCCCUCCAAGGCGUGUCAGUAUCAUGGUACGCCCUGAACCAAAACAGCAAAGUCUCAGCCACAGCACCGACAAUUCUAGUGAUUCCUCCGAGUCGACCAGCUAUGAAUCCACCACCGAAAGCUCCGAUGACUUCUCUUCUUCCUCUGAAUCUGAUGCCAGGGAAGCGAGCUCUAAACGCGCUUGGAAAACAAGCACAUCAUCAUCGGGAUCACCGGAGAAAUAUACAUCAAGAAAUGAAGAACCAUCUUCAUCGAAAUAUGCAGAAAAGCGACAUUCAAAGGCUUCCAAAUCUGAAACUCGAAAGCAAUCGCACACACAAACUCCUUCAAAAUCAGCGACAAAAACUCCAGCUAGAAAUCCUCUAAAAGUAAUGCCCAAUGCACCAAAAAAACCUCGCAGCGCAAUGGAUACUUCCCUCAGUACCAAAAAGAAAAUGUCUCGACAGAAAUAUUUACUAAUGAAACUUUUGCGCGUGGAGGAGCAAAUCGCCAAGAAGAAAAAGAAGCGUUUGAAAACUGCUAAAGUAUAAUAUUUGUAUUUGAUUCCAGUAUUCAUCUAAUAAAACAUAUAUUUUUUUCUUAAUGUUAAUUUUAAAAA